AUGGGCUCCAUGUCACGCCUAGCAAAGACUCUCCUCGUCCCUGCCCUCAUCUCCCUCGCGCUGUAUCUCCUCAUCUCCUUCCUGAUCGUACCGUUCUUCCGCCGCUAUCACCAACGAUACUCGCAAUACCUCCCGCUGCAGACCAUCUCCGCGCAUACGCUGUCGCUGCGAGAUCGAAUAGCCGACACCGUGAUGCGGUUCUUUCUACCCUCGUCGUGGCGGCGACAGGUCGACAACCAGCACGAUAACAUCAGCAUCUCUGACGAGGAGGGGGAGAUUAUGGUGGGAAUGGAUAUGGAUCCUGCCCGGAGGGAAGCGCUGGAGCGACGGCGCAGCACCGCGGCUGAUGCAGAAAGCCGACUGAGCCGGGAUCUCGAACAGGGGUUUAUGGACGAUAGUGAUGAGGAGGGGGAAGAAAGGAGCCGUACAAGGUUGAACCGCUGA